UACAGAAUUUACAAAACUGAAAGAUUUGUGUAAAGAGACAGGAAUGGUCGCAAAUGGCAAAAAAGUAGAGCCACACUCAAUUCCGUUUAUCGCUUCACUUCAAAGAAGAAAGAAAUCGGAUCUUAGUUGGGAAUGGAUAUGCGGUGGGGCGUUGAUUGACACAAAGUUUAUUUUGACUGCAGCGCAUUGUGUAGAUGGUUUCGACAAAAACAUAAACGAGAUGUCAGUUCUCUUGGGUGCCCAUAAUAAAACAGAAAUAAAUAAUACUACUCGAUUUAAUGUAAAAAAUAUAACAAUACAUCCUAACUACACAAAUGUAACAAGAACAUUGAAUGAUAUUGCUAUAUUGGAAAUGGAAGGAUCAGCAGAUUUUAGCACGUUUAAAAUUCGACCAGCUUGCUUGCCCACAUCAAGUAGAGAGGAUAUCAAAGAAUUUCGGAGUGCUGGUUUUGGUAGGACCAAAGAAGGGAAGGAAUCAAGUGAAUUGUUGCAAACAACUUUAACGACACGCGAUAUUAAAAAAUGCCAGUUUACGACCUACACGAAUUUGAAUGAAACUCUUAAUUUCUGUACAGGGCCAAAAAAUGGUAAAACUGGCGGAGAUGUUUGUCGUGGCGACUCUGGCGGUCCAAUUUUUACCUUUGAUCCUAAUCAUUCGAAUUGCCUUUUUGCGGUCAUGGGCGUCAUUUCAAAGGGAAAUAGUUGUGGCGCUAAUGGUUCUAGUACUCUUCACACCAGAGUUUCAUACUAUCGCGAAUGGAUUGAGCAAAUUGUUUGGCCAAAUGACAUAGUAAACAAUAAUAUUUAAUUAAACACUUGUAACCAAUUAUAUAACAUAUAAAUACUCU